CAUUGUUGGGGAAUUUUCAAGAUGGCGCUGGACUGUGGCCGGGAUGCCACUGCUGCUGCGACUAGCUAACAGUUGGGGGAUUUAAUUAAUCUUCUGCCCGGUGGCGACGCAAGAAAGCGGCCGUGAAGCGUUCCUUUGUCUGCAUUAAACACCUGAGACGGAAAUGUUGCGCCGGGUGUGUGUCAGGUAGCGUUAAACCGGCUCUGAAAAUGCAGGUAGCCCCUUCCUCCAAGAACAACAAAACCUGCUGCUGCGGAGCUCGGCCCACCGGGCAGGGGGACUCGUUGCAGGAACUUACGCCCGCGGCAGAGGCUCGCUUGUGGGACUGAGAAGUCAUGGAGACUGUGAGGGAGAACGGAGGGUCGUUCGGAGUCGACUUGAACGAGAACGAAGAGGGAGAAAGAGGUGGCGGAGCGGGGAAAUCAGCACUCAGAGACCGCAGCAUCGCGCUGCUAGCCGGGGUCAGCGCGGUGCAAGACGCUGGGAAGGCUUUCACCGGCCUCGGCAGGGAUGUAAACACUGACGCCUCCUUGAAAGGGAAGAUAAUGCUGGAGAGGCUGUUCCCCGGCCAGGUUUCCGGGGUCUGCGGGGACCACAGUGGCCUGAACGGGUUCACUGAGGAGGAGCUGUCGGUGGUCGAGUUGGAAGUAGGAGGAGGGCUUGGCCUUGAGGGCACCACAGCUGCUUCCUGUCCAGCUGUGUUCUCAGUGGAGAAGAUGCGGGGGGACAGCAAAGAAGAAGCCCGGGACUCAGACUGUGUUAGCCCGGGGGGAGAGGCCACAGGAGGCGGGUGUAUCAGGACUGCUCUGCCCGGCCAUGAGCUGGUAUGCGCGGUGAGGGAGCACCGGCGGAACUGCGCCUGCACCGCGGGGGUAAACAUGCCCAACGGGGCUGCUGACAGCUGUGAGGGGGAGGCAGGGUUAUUUCCCACCCAGCAGCUUUGCGUUUGCGACUGUGAAGAAGUGAAAGUGGCCAACGGGGGUUUCCACACACAUGACCAGGACCUGGACUCGGGCUGCUCACCUGAAAACACCCCUGACUGUCAGUUUAAAUCGAAGUCUAGGCAUGAGAAGAGGGUAGGGUCCCCUGGAUUAAGUGCCAAAUCCCCCUCUCCCUGCCCUUCAUCCAGUGGCAGCCCGCUCUCUGAGCGCAACACCAGGGAUGAAGAGGAGGUGGAGGACGAUGAGGAGGGUUUCAGUGACCCCAGCUCACCUCCCGUCAGGCCGCAGAGUCUGAGGACUAACCCCAACGUGGCCGUGUCCCUCAGCUGUGACGCCACCCCGCUGUCCCCAGAGGAUGAGGAGGAUGGGGGCUUUUAUUUUGAAGGGUACGAGGAAGACCUGAGGGGCGUUUUGGAGGCGGGUCGUCGGCAGAGCGCUCCGGACACGCUCCCGGACCUGAACCAGGACAGCUCGGACCCCAAGCAGAUGCCAAAGAGGUUCGGCAUCGCAGAUUUCUUCACCAGGAGCCUGUUUUCUAGGAAACCCAAAGAGCCCAAAGCGACGUCUCACAGCUCAGCAGGGUGGCGACUGUUUGGCAAGACCGCAGCCAGAGAAGGCGAUACGAGCAAAGACCUCGCCUCCACGCCGACCGCGGAGCAGUCUCCUCAGCAGGAGUCGAUGAAGGACUCCAGCGUGCCCUCGUGUCCUCAGCGCCCCCUGCUUGCAGGGAGGAGGAAAAACCUGGAGUUUGAACCUCUUUCCACCACGGCUCUCAUCUUGGAGGACCGCCCUUCGAACCUGCCGGCUAAAUCUACGGAGGAAACUCAGAGACACAAGCUGGAGUACGAGGAGAUGGUGGCAGGAGCCAAGAGGAGAGAGCUGAAAGAAGCCCAGAGGAAGAAGCGUCAGAUGAAGGAGAGACACCGGCAGGAGGACAGCAUCUCCAACGCCAUGGUCAUCUGGAACACCGAGAUCCUGCCUCACUGGGACUCCAUGAAGGGAACGAGGCGGGUCAGAGAGCUGUGGUGGCAGGGCCUUCCCCCCAGCGUCAGAGGAAGAGUUUGGAGCCUCGCUAUCGGCAACGAGCUGAACAUCACACCAGAGCUCUAUGAGAUCUUCCUCUCCAGAGCCAAAGAGAAGUGGAGGAGUUACAGCGAGACCAGCUCGGUGAACGACAGCGAGAGCGAUGGAGGAGCAUCUCUGGCUGACAGAGAGUCCAGCCUGGAUCUCAUCAAACUAGACAUCUCCAGAACCUUCCCCUCGCUCUUCAUCUUCCAGAAGGGCGGUCCGUACCACGACCUCCUCCACAGCGUGCUGGGUGCCUACACGUGUUACAGGCCUGACAUUGGCUAUGUGCAGGGCAUGUCCUUCAUCGCUGCUGUGCUCAUCCUCAACUUGGAGGAGGCCGAGGCCUUCAUCACCUUUGCCAACCUGCUCAAUAAACCCUGUCAGAUGGCCUUCUUCAGAGUCGACCACGAACUGAUGUUGAAGUAUUUUGCAGCCUUUGAGAUUUUCUUCGAGGAGAAUCUUCCUCGUCUCUUCAGCCACUUCCAGACCAACAGCCUGACCCCUGACCUCUAUCUGAUUGACUGGAUCUUCACUCUGUACAGUAAGUCACUCCCUCUGGACGUGGCGUGCCGGGUGUGGGACGUCUUUUGCCGGGAUGGCGAGGAGAGCUUAUUCCGGACGGGUCUGGGCAUCCUGCAUCUGUACGAGGAAGUCCUGCUGCAGAUGGACUUCAUCCACAUCGCGCAGUUCCUCACGCGCCUGCCGGAGGACCUGCAGUCGCACACGCUCUUCAACGCCAUGGCCAGCACGCACAUGAUCAGCAGGAACCGCCGCUGGGCUCAGGUGUUUUCUGCCUUGAUGAAGGACGGAAAUAAAGAGGCGGAUAAAAACACGAGUCCAGCUUUGAGAAGCUAACCCCGACGCUAACUCCAGCUGUACUCAAACUAACGUCUGGCUUCGGGGAUGUCGGAGCUCGCGCUAGCUCCCCCUGCCGCCGCUGACGCCAACCACAGAGGCUAGUUGUGUAUCUUGAAGCUGCGUAGCCUGAAGCUAAACUCAGUCCUGGGCUCAGCUACGAAGCUUGAAGUGAAGACGAGGCAGCCGUGGAGGUGGGGGCGGAGCCGCUGACCAGUCUUGGGAAAGGAAGCGGCAGCUCCGGCGAUUCCUGAAACCUCUGCUGGGACCAGAAGCGUUCGGUUACUCCUGAUCUUCAGCUGCCAGUCAGUAUUUCUCACAGAUUGUGUUCCACAGCUGGGGAGUCACAGGCGGCUGGGAAGAAAACCUAAAAGCAGUCCGACUCGGCCAUUGUUUGGCUCCUCCAGGUCGGGACGGCGCUAACACUGAGCGUCACGCCCUGCGUAAUUCUCCAAGACUCUAAAUCUAACUGUAGGUGCUAAUGAGUUUCUCAAGGCUUCAGAAAUGUCCUCUGUGGUUCACUUAUUAAUGUGAGUCCUUGUGGUUCGAGUUCACAAACACUCUUUUACUUUGCUGCUUUUGUUGUAAUAUUAGCUUCAAGAAUGACGGCAGUCUGCACUACUUUAAUCUGCUAGCAAAACAAACUCACAACACGGGAGAUUUGGGUGGAAGUAAAACUAAAGUGUUGCAGUUUACUCGCUGCUUCUCUGUCACCAGUUUUGGUGGGAGCUGCCCAGUUUGGGAGAUAUCUGCUGCCUUCUCAGAACUAAAAUCAAAAAGCAUUUUUAAUAUAAUUCUGUCGUUCUGGGAAUCAAGACCACCUUCCUUAAAAAAGGAUUCAUGUACCCAAACUCACUGUGAGCAUGUUUCAGGAUCUGUGCAGAAGGAAGCGUCGAUCUGUCGCGUGUCGGUCCGUUAGCUUAGCGCCCUGCUGAACAGCAGACAGCAGUCAUUUUACCAGAACCAAUCAGCAAACAACCUACAGGUGACAUCACCUGCCCACACUCCCAAGUCAGCCGGCCAACGAUGUGGUUUGACGCUGCUGCCCUUCAUUAAAGUCAGUCUAACGUGUUUUAUUAGAGCCUGUAGAUGUUACCUAGCAACCACCACUAGAGUGCAGUGUGUGACAGGAAGCUGUAACCGAGCAGAACCAGUUUGUUACGUUCAAACUCGUCCACUGGUCCCACGCACAAGGUUUGUGGAUUUUUGUGAUUAAGUCGGUCAUGAUUUUUGGAAAAACACUUAUAGACGAUAGUCCUGACCAGACGCUCAGAGCUCCUGGGACAGAGCUGACGGCGAAUUCAAAGCGUCACCUUCUGACGCCGCACUCUCUCCACCUCACGCUCCGUGUUCCCGUCACUUGUGCACAAGAUCCUGAACUCCCUCGUUUGGUGGAAGAAGCAACCGCCUGCUGUUUUCUGGCUCAUUCAUUCGAUUCGUGUUCAAGAGAAGGCAGCCUUUAUCUGUGAAGUUAGAGCGCUCUCACCAGUCACUCGAAGGAAACCAGGGCUGAACUGGCCCUUUAAGGACGAGCAGAUGGUGAAAGUGAUUACAAAGGAUGCAGUUAAUGAAAGAGUAUGUGUUUGUUUUUUUAAACGUUAAGAUAAUGAUUCCACUUAAGUGUUUAAUACUUCUAAAUAUAUUCUAAAGGUGGGAAUAUUUCAUGUUAGUAUUUGACGUAAUUGGCUUAAAAUAUCCACAAAAACCCUUUUGGGUAGAGCGUAAAUGUUUGUGCUGACAAAUGGGGCCAUCGGGGUUUUAAAGCCAGCGUUUCCCAGAUCCAGAUUUCCAUUCAGAGCACUUUAUCACGCAGCAUUUAAGCCCCACAGUGAGGCCUCCAGGUCUACGGCCGCGGCUUUUAGCUUUUAGUAGUUCGGGCUUGAAAAAUGACGCUUUUAUAGGCUUUGCAUUAGAUUAUUUCUUGCUUGUUUAUUAAAACUUAGCUAAAAAAUUUGACUGAAGUUAACAGAAGAAACUGCUGCAUGUAUGCAAGCAGCGUGUUUGAACCCGGAGGCCUAAAACUGAGACCAGAGGUAUUGCUGUUCACUCCCAGAAGAUCCUUGAAAACAUUAUUUCCUUUUAAAGCAAACAUCCUCCAAGUCGCCAUCUUCUCAAAUUUGCAGUGUUUCUUUGUCAUCUCUUGUUUUGGAUGAAUUCGAUCGUACGUUCUGAUUUUCUGUGGAUCAACCGUUUGGUCUACAUAGAUGCCAGAGGGGAAAAAAACUUGCUUCCAGCCGCUCGGGCUGAAAACUCUCUGCCGACUUUUAGACUGUUUGAAGCUGCUCGCACCAACACUCCAACGGGAUAAUGAAAGCAAUUUUUAUUUAUUUUUUCUUAUAUUACUCGUUUUCUUUCAAAAACAAAAGUCUGCUCAAAAAUCGAGUUACUGCUGCUUUAGCCUGCCUACAGGCAACUGCAAGCCACUUUGCAACCCACCGUCACCACCUUUGCUCCACCUCCUCCAUGUCGUUCCGUCUGCCAGAGCAAACAAACAUAACACAACAGCGUCGUCCUGAAAUAACAGGAAAAGGAGUUUGUGGUAUUUAUAGUGGAAAAUGAUUGUUUUUGGAUAUUAAUUACUUUUUACACAGAAGAGUAACACUAAUCUGAGGAUGCAGACGUUACCAACACACUGACUGAACAAAGCUUCGCACUCACAGCCGUCACUAAAAACACAACAGCGCUACAAUAAUGAGCAGAUCAGCAGCGUCUCUACAAGUUUCUACACUCUUUGUUGCUCCUUGAGCUCAUGGAAACACUUCUUUGAUUUCCACUCACUACAUCAGCCUGAUGUUUGCACAGCCGAUUAAAGGCAGCCAGAGGUCACCACCUCCUGUGAGACGGGCAAUGAUGGAAAUAUGUGCCAAAAAAUAAAAUCAAGAUAAAAGGUGUUUCAAAAAUAUACUGGACUAUAGAGUGAACUCUGUUUUGUGCUGCCAGACUUUUGUAUAAUUCAUGGAUGGUAUCUAAUGGAUGUAAUAAUAAAGUUAAGCAAUCUCAACAGGUGAAUUUUAAUCAGUUGCUGAUCUAUAAACUAUUCUUUGUA